AUGUCACGUUCAGACCAUCUGACCGGGUUCUUUCAUAGACCGAACCACCCCGCGCGUCAAGGACAAGCACAACAACAACAACAGCAGCAGCAGCAGCAGCAACAGCAACAGCAGCAGACACAUCAACAGACACGUCAACAGCAGGCAGCGUACGAAGAUGUCACCGACGCGUCGGAAAAGUCGUACUCGGCAACGCCGCCGGCCCGCAGUAGCAGCCACAUGCACAGCAGCAGCAGCCACAACAACUCCUCAGUCGUGUUCGACCCGGACGAGAUGGCCACGGGCGUCGAGCUGUACUUCAAGUACUGUCACCGGCAGCCGAUCUGGUGCUUCGAGCGAGACGAGGUCGGCGCCUACGACUCGCUGCCGGAGGAGCUCGCCAGCAGCAUUCUGGCGCUGACGUCGCGGUUCUCCGAGAGGCGAGACCACAUGCAGCUCUACAGCAGCAAUGCGAAGACGCUCGUGAUGCUCCGCAUCGCCAACGGCACGGUGGACAUCACAACCAUUGAGAGCCUGUGUCUGCUCUCGUACGCAUCGUUCAUAGAUGGCAACGUCCACCUCGGCCAGUUCCAUCUCGGCCUCUCCCUCCAGCUCUGCCGGUCCGCUAUGCUGGACAUGGAAUCGGUAUACGCCGUGGAGGACCCGACGACGGACCGGAAGAAGAGGCUCUUCUGGAGCCUGCAGGUGCUGGAGCAGUCCUACGGCCGGCAGGACGGGCUGCUGAGCUUCCCGAACGACGUGCGGCGGCCGACGCUGCCGGCGAGCGGGAACCACACGGAGCAGGACUUCUCCAAGGCGCCGCCGCUGCCGCGGGACGAGCUGGGCACCUCGACGCCGAGCGAGCCGGGCAUCUGGAACACGAGCGUCUGCCUCGGCUGGGUCUGGAGCCAGGUCCGCAAGUACGUGUCGGACUGCGCGCGCAACAUCCUCAAGGAGCCGUGGCGUCACGACUCGACGUACGCCAAGGUGCUCUCGGACUUCAUGGAGACGGAGAACCGGAUCCCCAUGUGCCACCGCUACGACUCGGUCAAGUUCUACGAGCGCACCAUGGACGAGCUCAAGGUGAACCGCGACUACUGGGCGCCGUGGCUCAAGGAGCAGUUCACGUACCACGCCAUCCCGACGGUCCUGAACCACCCGUUCCUCUACAUCGUCGGCGCCCAGCACAACCCGAACCUGGGGAUCCCCAACACCUUCUGGCGCCGGUCGUCGGAGCAGGCGCUGCUCCACGCGACCUGGAUCGUCCGCAUGAUCGACAUGGUCGUCGACAAGCAGGUGCCGCUGGUCGACCCGUUCUUCGGUCACGUCGCCGCCAUCGCCGCCACGGUGCAUCUCUACUACUGCUGUGCCGCGGCGGCCAGGCUGAAGAACAAGUCCAACACGGACUUUGCCAAGUGCCGGAGGUUUCUGAAGAGCUUCAUCCCGUGUUCCGCGGCCUGCGGUGCGCUGGACCGCAACCUCGACAGGAUGACGCACAUCGCCACCGGCACGGACAACAUGGACGUCGAGGACUGGAUGCCGUCCAAGAUGUACCUCAGCGUGCCGCUCAUGUGGGAGAUUCUGCAGUUCAACUCGACGACGGACCUGCAGGAGAUCCCCACCGCCGGCCUGCUGGACGCCUCUCUUACGCCCGCCGUGCCGCCCGUCGACACGAGCGACGGCUCGACGCUCGAGAUCAUCGUCGCCACCUCGCCCGAGAUCAGCAUCAACAUCGCGGACGGCGGGCAGGAGGCGCCGUCGUACAAGCGGCCGCCAGUGUCGUCGGGGCAGGGCGGCGGUAAUGCGAACACGAACAACAGCACGAACAACAACAGUAGGAACAACAACACGAACACCAACACUAGCGCCAACACGGCGACGGCGACGACGAAUACAGCCACGACAUCAUCAUCUUCCUCGGCCCCGUCGAGGACCGCCGUCUUUGAUCCGCCGACGGUCGAGCAGAUCGACAGCCUCACUUUCAACACGACGCCCUGGCUGUACGCGGAUCCCUCGCAGCUGGUCGGCAUCGGGGACAUGAGCUACCCGCAGUCGGAGCCGGGGAACGCGUGGUGGGAAGGGGAGAAUUUUAACAAUAUCUUGUUUAAUCAGUUUUAG